GAGAAAGAGGCGUGUCGUCAAGCGGAGUGGUGAACGAUGUAGUUGUAGAAUGUCAGCUGUACGUAAAUAUAAGAGAUUGGCCAGUCAGGAGCUCAUGCUCUCGGAGCAGACUGGAGCGGACAGACUGGAUCAAGUGGGAAGAUGUUUUGUAGUGGUUGAAUCUCUACCUACGAUUAGGAAUAUUAAAGAUCGUCGAAUGCCAGGUGUGAUCUCUCAAACGACGGUCGUGCCAGACUCCUACCUGGCUGCGCCAGAGAUGCUUCGACCACGGCUUUUCAAAAUUAUGCACGAUUGCUUGUAAAUUCUAUUGCUCGCUUACGAACAGGGUAUUCUCAAAUCUCGUGCAUCUUUCGGAGAAACCAUGUCAUACUCUAUUAAUAGAAGACCUUUAUUGGGAGGUGCGACUGAUAGCGAAUUUGAGGACGAUUUGGAAACUGAAGUGGAUGAUCCUAGCAUCACAAUUCCUGACGAGAAACCAUUUUUUAAACCAUAUGAGCCACAUGACAAAUAUAAUCUUGCGUACAUUGUGUUUUACUUACUUGGUAUAAAUACAUUAAUACCAUGGAGUUUUUUUAUCACUGCUGACGACUACUGGAUGUAUAAAUUUAGAGAAAUUCAUAAUAAUUCGACAAAUCUUACUCAUACGUAUGCAGAAUUGCUCGAACAGAAGACGGAUCUUCAAGCUAGUUUUACUUCUUAUUUAAGUGUAGCCAGUGCAUUACCAAAUACUCUGUUUUUAAUACUGAAUGCAUUUAUUAGCAAGAAAGUCUCUCUAACUGUAAGAAUGGUGGGUUCUCAAUGUGCAAUAUUGUUGCUCUUCGUCCUGACGACUGCAUUUGUGGAAAUGAAUACUGAUAAAUGGCAAAAUGCAUUUCUAAUAAUUACUUUGACGACAGUUGCGCUUGUAAAUGCUGCAAGUGCAAUUUUUGGAGGAAGUUUAAUGGGUAUAGUGGGCAAAUUUUCGCCAAAAUACAUAACCGCCAUGUCCGGUGGGCAAGCUCUUGGCGGAAUAUUCACGGCUCUAGCGGAAGUGUGUUCCUUAUGGAUAGGUGCCAGUCCAGUACUUUCUGGCUUAGUAUACUUCAUUAUCGGCGACACCAUGCUACUAUUAUCGUUAAUCGCAUACAUCCUUUUAGAAAAAGCGCCAUUCUUCAAGCAUCAUAUGAUAGAAAAAGUACCUGAAUUAGAUUCUGAUUAUUCCAUAAAUGGAGAAGUUAGCUUCUCGACAAGUUCGAGCGUGUCUUACACACGGAUUAUAAAGAGAAUCUGGCAUUAUGGCGUUAGCAUAUUUUUAAUAUUCUUCAUAUCACUAGCUGUAUAUCCAGCGGUCACUGUGCUAGUAGAGAGCGAAUACAAAGGCAAAGGCCAUGCAUGGAACGACAUAUAUUUUGUACCUGUGGUUACGUACCUUAUCUUCAGUACAGGCGAUUAUGCAGGAAGAAUAUUAUGUGGUAUUCUUCAAUGGCCAAAAGGCAAGCCAUGGCUCGUAAUAUUUUUGAGUGUCGCUAGAGGUAUUUUUAUACCUGCACUUAUGUUUUGCAAUGCGCAACCGAGACAUCAUCUACCCGUUUAUAUUCACAGUGAUAUAUAUUACAUCUUGAUAACUAUUGCAUUCGCCGUAACUAAUGGCUAUCUCUGUAAUUUAACAUUCAUUCUCGCACCCACAAUCGUAGAUAGUCAGGAAAAAGAAAUUGCGUCUGCAAUGAUGGGUGCUUUCUUGGGUAUAGGAUUAGCAUCUGGCGCUGCGCUCAGUUUAUACAUGGUAAAGGCUCUUUAAUGUUCGAUUCUUUUAACU